CUUGAGAUCCCUCAAGGUGUGCACUCAAAGGCGGAAAUUAAAUCAAAUCCACAAAUGCUUGGGAAAUUAUCUGACGGUGUUUUGGUAUCUUAAUCUUUAUUCUUCGCUCCUCUCUAUCAACAUGAGCGAUCCUUGGCAGGAAUGUAUGGACUUCUGUUUAGAUGUCACCAAACGGGCAGGAAAGAUGAUCCGCGAGGCGCUGCAGAAGGACAUCACCAUCAUGCAGAAGAGCUCUCCGGUUGACCUGGUGACCGAGACGGACCAAAAAGUGGAGCAGCUCAUUAUAUCCUCCUUAAAGGAGAAGUACCCCACGCACAGCUUCAUCGGUGAGGAGUCUGUAGCCGCUGGUGCUCCCAGCAUUCUCACCGACAAUCCCACUUGGAUCAUCGACCCCAUCGACGGCACCACCAACUUUGUGCACAGGUUCCCCUUUGUGUCUGUAUCAAUCGGCUUCACAGUGAAGAAAGAGAUAGAGUUUGGGAUUGUCUACAGCUGCAUCGAGGAUAAAAUGUACACGGCACGGAAAGGGAAGGGGGCAUUUUGCAACGGAAACCCCAUCAAAGUGUCCGGGCAGAAAGACAUUAGCAAGUCUUUGGUGCUGACUGAAAUGGGCUUCAAGAAGGAAACUGAGCACUUCAACAUUAUGUUGGCCAACAUCAAGACUAUCCUCACCAUUCCUGUUCAUGGGAUCCGCUCCCCAGGCAGCGCAGCCAUCAACAUGUGCCUAGUGGCGUCCGGUUCGGCCGACGCUUACUAUCACAUGGGGAUCCACUGCUGGGACAUGGCUGGAGGGGCGGCCGUCGUGACUGAAGCCGGAGGAGUCAUCAUGGACAUUUCAGGUGGGCCAUUUGAUUUGAUGUCUCGCAGGCUGAUUAUUGCCAGCAGCAGGACGAUAGCUGAACGAAUUGCCAAGGAGAUAACAGAGUUCCCCGUUGGCAGGGACGACACAGAAGGCCUCUAAACCUCCACAGCCAGCGGAAGCUGAGUAAAAACACACACAGCUGCUUACAGUGUAACAAGUGUCGAGCCUGUCUUUGCCUUAGGAACCAAAAUGAUAGUUACCUCUGAACAACAGCAAGCGGAGUCGUUAAACAUUUUAUUCUCCUGUAUAUCAGUACUUAGUCAUACACACAUACUUUUAUGUUGUUGAGUUGUUUGCACUGUGUUGUAUUUUAUUGAAUCACUCAGGCAUUUUUUUUUUUAUUCAAACAUAAAAAAUAAAUUUUUAUUACUAGGUACCUCAAAACAGCAUCAUUACAGCCUUAAAAAUAUUAACAUCAAGGUUCAUGCUUAUUUCUAAAGAUGUUUAAACUAAGAAUAUUUAUUCAGUUGGGGGGAAAAAAUUACAUCUAAAAAAUGUAACUAUUUUUUAAACAUAUACUCUCAUACAAGUUAUCCACAAUAUCUUUUUAAACUUCAAAAAAUAUUUAUCAUUAUUCUUAGAAAUGGGAAAGACAACAGAGCACUGAAUUCAAUCCAAAUUGGUUGAUUGGUUGGUUAGGAAUGACUACAAGAGAAGAGCUGCUGAGUCUAAGCUUGCCCAUAUCUGCAGUCAGAGCCAUAAAAACCCCAAAACCUACAAACACCCUGCAGAAAAGAGCGGUGGCUUGGGCUCAGUUUGUCUUCUUUGCAGCCAGCACAUGCUAUCUACAUGCUGACCAGUUUUUGCAGGUCCCUAAAAAAGAAGUCCUAUUUGUAAUAACCUCCAUUUUAUGGCCUUAAAAAGUCUUGUGAUUUCUCAUACUAGGUCUGAAAUCUAGUACGAGACAGUAUGUCUUAGAUUAUUUGUUUACUGCUUAACUCAUCAGCUUUUGUUGACAAUGGACCAAUUUUUGCCUAAGAUAGAAUAUGGUAUCUGCAGGCAAUUCUAAUAAAAACGCUGCUGCUCAGUUGUCCAUAGCCAGCACAGAAGAAAUUGUAUAGUUGACCUGUAGACUAAAGUCCAUUGUAAAGUUUACUAUCUACUGUGAGAAUCGAGUUGAAGUUGGGUAACCUAAGUGUAAAAUUACUGAACUCAAGAGCCAAAAUACAUCAACUUAAUUUGGCAUUCAUAUUUAGCUUGGUAAGUAAACUUAUAAAUCAAUGAAGCUAAGUGUCUCUUUUUUUUAUUCAUGUCUCUCCUGUUUUAAACUAUUUCUGGUCCUAAAAAGCCUAAUAGGUAACUUACUGAAACUUGUAGAAACCCUUAUUUGGACAGUGGCGCCAUAGAAAGUUUUCCUAAAUGUAAAUUAUUUCAUUUUUCUUUAACUAGAAGUGGUGCUUUGGCUACAUGAAACUAAGCUUUAGCUUUUCAGUAUCAAACACUGAGAGUAGGAUUGGUGUGACAUAAAGCAUUAUUAAGUAGAAAGACAACUGAAACCUAUUGUUGGGUAUGGUGGAAGAUGUGUGAUGCUGGGGGCUGUUUUCCUUUCCAAAGCCUCUGAGUCGUCGUUGAAGUGGUUGGUAUUGUUAAGUCUUUGAAAAGCCCCGUAAAUUGAAGUCAAAUUUUCUCAAGAGGAUCAUGAUUUCUAAACGUGACCAAACCAACACAGAAAGCAAUUAUUUCUUAAUGUUGGAUUCUUUUUUUCCCUCCUCGGAAUAAAUAUAACGUUGGGUUUUAUUGAAAUUGUUCAGUCUGAGAUUAUUCAACCUCAAUAAUUUUAUUUCUAUGUAAUUUAAGGGUUUUUAGACAUCUUUUCCAGAAAGCUCUGUACCUGUUUUAAGAGUGAAUUUAACUUGCACUGUCCACAAUUCACCACAUACGUCACAUGACUAACUCCUGUACUGUAUAUCUAUUUUUUCUGUACUGUAUGACUUCUUAUCAAGUCUAGAAUAAAAAAAAAAGCAUGAAA